UGGGGAGCAGAGGAGGCGGCUUUUAAGACGUUUGCCUCUAUUUGGAGUUGUCUGGAUCACAGAAGUGUUUUUUUUUUUUUUCUUUCUCCUUCUCCUCUGCCUUCACUCACUCCGCAGCUCACUGGCGCGCUGCGUCCUCCCAGAGAGCCCUGAGCAGGAUGGGUGCUCUCCCGACGCGCGGCAUGUUCUGGUGGAUGUGCGUUUUGUUCUUUGCAGGAAUAACAGCAGUCUGCGGUUCAAAUGUUUGCACCUCCAGAGGAGCCAGCACAUGUAAGCAGUGCCUGGCUGUCCACCCCAGCUGUGCCUGGUGCUUCCAAGAGGACUUCGGCCAGGGCGUUGCUGGCUCGUCCCGCUGUGACCUGAAGGCUAACCUGGUGGCAGCGGGCUGUGCUACGUCAGGUUUGGAGUCUCCGACCAGCAAACUGCAGGUGAUCGAGGACCGGCCGCUCAGCAACAAGGCGGCGGGGGCGGCACAAGUGACUCAGAUAAAGCCGCAGAAGCUACACAUCACCCUCAGGCCAGACGACGCUAAGCGCUUUACCGUGAAGGUGCGUCAGGUCGAGGACUACCCCGUCGACCUCUACUACCUCAUGGAUCUCUCCUACUCCAUGAACGACGACCUCUUCCGCCUGAGGACGCUGGGCAGAGGCCUGGCCGAGGCCAUGAACCGAACCACCAGCAACCUGCGCAUGGGCUUCGGCGCGUUUGUGGACAAGCCCAUCUCGCCGUACAUGUACAUCUCGCCCAAAGAGGCUGUGAAGAACCCCUGCUACAGUAUUAAUACCACCUGCCUGCCUCAGUUCGGGUACAAACACGUUCUCUCUCUGACGGAGGAGGUGGGCCGCUUCACAGAGGAAGUGAAGAAGCAGAUGGUGUCCAGAAACCGCGAUGCCCCCGAGGGAGGCUUUGAUGCCAUCAUCCAGGCUGCUGUGUGCAAGGAGCAGAUCGGCUGGCGUCCCGGUGCGUCCCACCUCCUCAUCUUCACCUCAGACGCCAAGACUCAUGUGGCUCUGGACGGUCGGCUGGCUGGGAUCGUGCAACCCAACGACGGGCGGUGUCACCUCAACUCUGAGAACAUGUACAGCAUGUCCACCACCAUGGAUUACCCAUCUCUUGCUCUGAUCACUGAAAAAAUGUCAGAGAACAACAUCAACCUCAUCUUUGCAGUUACCAACCCCGUGGUUCCUCUGUACCAGAACUACAGUGAGCUGAUUCCUGGCACCACAGUGGGAACGCUGUCCAACGACUCGGGCAACGUUAUUCAGCUCAUUCUGAAGGCCUACGCCAAAAUCCGUUCCAAGGUGGAGCUGGAGCUUCAGGACGUUCCAGAGGAGCUGUCUCUGUCCUUUAACGCCACUUGCCUGAACGGAGAGCUCAUCCCGGGCCUCAAAUCCUGCUCCGGCCUCAAAAUAGGAGAUACGGUCUCCUUCAGCGUGGAGGCUCGUGCUCGCGGUUGCCCCAAACAAAAGAAAAAAACCUUUGUUAUCAAACCCGUGGGCUUCAAAGACUCCCUCUCCAUCACCGUCACCUUUGAGUGCGACUGCAAGUGCCAGGCCAAAGCUCAGCCCAACAGCCCCAAAUGUAGCCAAGGCAACGGCACCUACGAGUGCGGCAUCUGCCAGUGCUACCCGGGUCGCCUCGGGCCGCACUGCGAGUGUGCGGAGGGCGACUAUAACCCCACAGAGCAGGACCGCUGCAGUGGGCCCGCAGGAACCGGAGGACCUCAGUCUGCGAUCUGCAGCGGCCGCGGAGACUGCGUGUGCGGACAGUGCGUCUGCCACAGCAGCGACUUCGGGAAAGUUUGGGGGAAACUGUGCGAGUGUGACGACUUCAACUGCCUGCGCUACAAAGGAGAACUCUGCUCAGGUCACGGUGUGUGUAACUGUGGCUUCUGCCAGUGUGCACCAGACUGGCAGGGUGAGAACUGUAACUGCUCCAGGCGGACCGACACCUGCAUGUCCAACCUGGGCCUGCUGUGCAGUGGCAGAGGCCAGUGCAUCUGCGGGGCCUGUGAGUGCACACAGCCAGGAGCCUACGGGGCAACAUGCGACAAAUGCCCCACCUGCCCCGACGCCUGCACCAUGAAGAAGGAGUGUGUCGAGUGUAAGCACUUCAAGAGGGGCAGGCUGUUUGAGGACAACACCUGCUCUCGCAUCUGCAAGGAUGAGAUCGUGCUUGUGGAUGACUUAGAGUUCCACGACACAAAUGCUGUGAACUGCACCUACAAAGACGAAGACGACUGCGUGGAGCGUUUCCAGUACUAUGAGGACGCCAGUGGCAAAUCCAUCCUGUUUGUUGUCAAAGAACCAGACUGCCCCAAGGGUCCAGACAUUUUGGUGGUGCUUCUGUCGGUGGCAGGAGCCAUCUUGUUCCUGGGCCUGGCUGCUCUGCUUAUCUGGAAGCUGCUGGUUACCAUCCAUGACAGGCGGGAGUUUGCCAAAUUUGAGGAAGAACGUGCUCGCGCCAAGUGGGACACGGGACACAAUCCUCUUUACAAAGGAGCCACAUCUACCUUCACAAACAUCACAUACAGAGGAAAAGACUGAUGCUACUGAACAAAGACCAAAGGAUGAAACAAUGGACUUUUUUAGUCGUCCUUUGCGAGAAAGGCAACGAAUCAUGUGCAGGCUUCUACUGUCACAAGACAAUAAUGAAUAAUUAUUUGUUUGUAAAUAUGUAGAAAUGAUUCCGAGGACACAUUUUAUCAGGGAUUUUGUCAUAAACGCCCACCAAUACUACACUGAUAAAUACUGUUUUGUGUGAUUGACUGAGAUUUGUUGAGAAUAAAAGUUUGGUUCACCCCGAUUGUCUGCAUCACCACAGUAUUUAUCUUUGCCGGAGUAUCUGCCUCAUGCAUUGACAAUCACUAAAAUCCUACAAGAUGGGGAUUGUGUGAGCAUAAAUAGAUAUGUUUUGGGAUUUCAAAUAUCUACUCCUGAGACUUUACCUUCCCCGUGCAAUGAUCGAAAAAUGCAAUUCAUCUGUUCACAACAUGCAGAAAUUGCAUUUUCUUCCCAGUUACCCCAGGAGUACCUUCAGACGUUGCCAGUAUUGACAGUCUACAUUAUUUCUGACCGCUAGUGGAAAAUACUGGCAGCGAGACAAACAUUUCCUUGGCGAGUAAAAACCAAAACUAUCCCCGAGACUGUAUACCGCUGAGGCCGAGUCGGAAAAUAUACAUAUAGAAAAGAAUGGAUGUGUGUGGACUGAUCCUUCAGGUCAGUGGAGGAACUGAAGGCCAGAUAAUGUUACACAGAACAAGCUUCAUUUCCUGAUCACAAUGUUGGGAUUUCCUGUUUGUGGAGCCCAGUGGGACUGCAGUGAGAUAAAACCGUCCUUACUUCAGUUAUGACGUUCUGAAAACGUGAUGUGAUUUAUAGGCUAAACUGUUAAUGUACUGAAAACUUGUGUGCUGUUCCAUAAUGAAUAUUUUAAGAUAAUAGUUUUAGACACAUCUGAUUGCAAAUGAUGGGAAACUAGAGCAGCAUAUUUAUUGUUUUUUGAUAUAAUAAGCAAAUGAUUAUUGUCUUUAAAGGUACAACAGUGACUAAUUUAUGCUGUGUUUUUGUUUUAAAAUGUUGAAAAAUGAAAUUGAACGUCUCUCCAUGAAACUAAAUAACAAACUCAGACAAUCA